CAGGGAAGUUGCUAUGGCACCCAGAACAAACCAUCGCAAGCUGCUCUCUCCCACCUAGGGGGCACACCUAAAAGAUUCCAGAUAGUCUUCUCCUCAGAGAACCUGCAGCCGUCACCAUGACCAAUUGGAUAGCAAAAGAAAUACUGCUGAAAUAUCAAAACUCGAUUGUUUCAGCCUGGCUGGCCCAAGUAUCUUGCUUCCGCUUCUGUGGCUUUUUGCUUGCCAUCAUAGGCUGGAGCAUGUGCCUAAUGUCUACAGCUGGUACCCAGUGGAGAGUGUGGGACAUAGAACGCAUACCAGGCAUCAGUUCUGAACGCCUCUGGAUUGGGAUCUGGAGAGCUUGUUUUAUCCAUGAUAAGCCUGUUGAGAAGCUCUAUCUACACUGUGAGGAAUUCACUGAGGAAUACAGGACUCUUCCCAAGGAGAUUUUUAUUGCUCAGGACUUGAUGUCGUUAGCUGCAAUUUUGCAAUCAUUGGCAAUAGGUUUCAUGGCUUUUGCCUUGUGGAAUGUUUUCAAGAGUGAAAAGCACAAAAAAGUUUUGUUUACUUCUUUUUCUAUUGGAGGCAUUUUAAAUUUAAUCGCUGCGAUGAUUACUUUAGUCCCAAUUUCAUGGAAUUUAUAUUCUGUUCUAAUGAAUGAGAGCAUUGAAUUUCCUGAAUUCUUUGUCUUGCCUGAGUCCCCCAAAGAGCAAUAUGUUGGUUCUGCGAUUUAUGAGGGAUAUGUUGCUUCGGGUUUUAUGCUCUCAAGUGGAAUUGUUAUCCUCAGCAAGAAAUGCAGUAGGAGGAAAAAAAAGAUUAAUCCUCUAAUUAUGGUGAAACUUGACCCACCACCACCGUCAAGUAAGAGUGACACUCAAAAUUGUCCGCAGUGCAACUCAUCUAUGGAUCUUAGCAAACUCAUUGUUUUGGAUAAUUGAAAGGGGGAGGUACUGCUUUUAUUUUCUAUUAAUAUUAUAUGAAGAAGCUUCCACUUUAACCCUUUAUUUUAAAAAAACUUGAAGUGGAAAGAUUGUGUUGUCCCUCCUCUAUUUUAAAAAAACAACUUGAAUUAGGAAGACUUUGCAUUGAAUACAAUACGUUGGGUGUCCCACUUCUAUUUAAAAAAAUAACUUGAUUUAUAAAGACUCGUAUUGAACACAACACUUUGGCUGUCCCUCCUUCUAUUUUAAUUUUUUUUCUUUUCCAACGCCCCAUCACCACUCCAGCAGAAAAACAUAUAUUACAUUUCUGUGGCGCAGUAAGAGCUGAGAAUGUUUGCUGUACCACCAAAUCCUUGUGGUUGUACAGCAGAACUGAGUAAUAUUGGUGGGCUCAGGGACUGAUUUUUUUGUUACGACAACUUUCCA